UACCACUUACGCCCCUUAUACUAUUUAUACACCCUCUGUGCUGACGACAUUUACUUUAUUGUGGUAAUACUUAGCCGUAUACUCUCAUAAGGAACUGGACUUGAAAAUGCCGGGCAAGGGUAGAGAAGGACCGUACAGCACAAACUUGCCACCGCUGAACGAUGAAGAGUUGGAGAUGUGUCGCAAAGCCUUCAACAUGUUCGAUAAAGAUGCGUCGGGGACCAUCGACACCAAGGACCUACGGACCGCGCUCUCUGCUUUGGGUCAAAACCCAUCGGAGGAGGAAAUGUUCGUAAUGAUUAGCCAGGUUGACGAGGACGGCAGUCGCUGCAUAGAGUUCAGCGAGUUUGUCCGCGUCAUUCAGUUCAACAAGGCGCUAUCAGCGCGGGACGCGGACGAGCAGGAGACGCUGGAUGCGUUCGUGGCGCUGGGGGGAAAUGCCGACCGCACAGGGAAGAUCUCCAUGGACAAGCUGAAGAGCAUUUGCGAGGAGUUCGAGCUGACCCUGAGUGUGGACCGGCUGGUGAAGGACGCGGACCGCGACUUCAACGGCUUCCUCACCUACGAUGAGUUCCGAGUGUUGCUGUCGUGAGAGAAGUGGCGAAGAGGUGGUGGGGUAAGCAUAAGGAAAACUGACGAACUGGAUGACGAG